AUGGCGCUCAAAUACUCAACAGGACAGCUCUCACGGAGCUUGUCCAAAGUGACGACCUCGGCUCGCAAUGCCUCAUCGCCACUCGUUCAAGUGCUGUCGAAGCAGUCGGCCUCUCAGCUUAGGUCAAUGGCAACCGUCGUACCACCUGUGACGCAAAACUCCGCCGGAUCCAAGGGCCCAACAGCCAUGGUAUUCAUGAACAUGGGUGGCCCUUCGACAACAGACGAAGUGGGAGACUUCUUGAGCAGGCUUUUUGCAGAUGGCGAUCUGAUCCCACUCGGUCGUUUCCAGAAUUACCUCGGUCCACUCAUUUCAAAGCGACGAACUCCCAAGAUCCAGAAGCAAUACGCUGACAUCGGCGGCGGUUCACCUAUCCGCAAGUGGUCCGAGUAUCAGAACGCUGAGAUGUGCAAGAUCCUCGAUGAGAUAUCCCCCGAGACGGCGCCGCACAAACCGUACACGGCCUUCCGCUAUGCCGAUCCCCUGACCGAGGAGAUGUACAACAAGCUGUUCGAAGACGGCUUUGGGAAAGGAAGAGGCGGAAGAGCGGUCGCAUUCACACAAUACCCUCAGUACUCAUGCUCAACGACAGGAAGCAGCAUUAACGAGUUAUGGAAGUGGCGGCAACGGCUGGAAGGCAAGGCCGUCGGAGAGUCGACGCCAGGCGACGGUACCAUCUCAUGGAGUGUGAUUGACCGCUGGCCGGUCCACCCGGGCUUGGUCGAGGCGUUUGCGCAGAACAUUGAGGCGAAGCUAUUGGAAUACCCAGAGGAGAGGCGCAAGGACGUUGUUUUAAUCUUCUCCGCCCACAGCCUGCCCAUGUCUGUGGUGAACAGAGGCGACCCGUACCCGCCCGAAGUCGCUGCGACCGUCUACGCUGUCAUGCAGCGCCUCAAAUUCUCGAACCCCUACCGUCUCUGUUGGCAGUCCCAGGUCGGCCCGUCCGCCUGGCUGGGUCCCCAGACCUCAGACUCGGUCGAGAACUACGUCCACAAGGGCCAGAAGGACCUGGUUCUAAUUCCUAUUGCCUUCACAUCGGAUCACAUCGAGACCCUCUUCGAAUUGGACCUCGAGGUCAUCGCUGAUUCCGGAAGCCCGGAGACUGUCAAGAGAGUCGACAGCUUGAACGGUAGCCCCGUCUUCAUCAAGGCUCUCGCUGAUAUUGCCAAGGCCCAUCUUGACAGCAAUGUGGCUUGCUCGCCACAGAUGGAAUUGCGGUGCCCUGGCUGCAAGAGCGAACGGUGCCUGGAGUCGAAGAAAUUCUUUGCGGGACAGCAGUCGAAUCUUUCCCCCGCACAGUAG